AUGGGUCAUCAUGGGCGAAGGCAUUGGAGGCCUGAUAUGAUGCAUCUGAGAGGUAAUUCUGUCCCGCAUGCUGGAAAUGCACUUGUUGGGGCAGCUGAAGGCCAGAGAGACAAGAGCCGCGAUGUUACGGAGGCUUUGUUCGAAACAUCUAAAACACUUGAAGACGUUGUCCUACCUGAAGAGGCGAAAGUUGAUGGUCAAGGACGAUUUCUGGAGGGGUCAAAUCUACUAAAACUACAAGCACGACAACUGCAGGGAUUCCCUAGGGAUCCAACUGUUGUGGUCGCGACUUUCAUUCAUGUCUUGCUGGAGAAUGGCUCCACUGCUGGGAAGUUUACAGUUCCCAUAUUGCCUGCAAUAGUGUCCAAUUCGGAUAUAGGGCGGGACACCAUUCCCACACAGUCUGAUUCUCAGACUAUUGUGCACACCGCUCCUCCUAUGCCACCGGCACCAUCUCACCCUAAUAGCCCCAAAAUUCCUAGAAACGGACCCACCGUACCACGCGCCGAUCCAGAUACAAGUGGUUCGACUGUCGACCCUCCCGCUAGCGUUACUGUCCCCCCUAAUACUGAUUCCAGAGCGUCUUCUCCGUUACCCCUGUCGACCAGCAAUACGCAACCGGAUUCCGUCUCCAACUCUGAUACCGUGACUCCAACCCAACAGACUACUUCACCAGAGUCUUCCGUCUCAGAAACAUCCACGUCAGCCUCUGAUCUGGUAACGUCACCCACAUUUAUUGUCAAGCCCGUUUCUCCAAGCUCUACUUCCGAAAGUUCGACCUCAUCUUUCAAUACAUCUACAUUCUCUUCGAUUGCUUCGUCUUCAUCCUCGGUUACUUCAUCUUCUUUCCCAGAGUUCACCCCAUUUAUUAGCUCACAAAACCUCUACCCAACUGAGUCAGCUCCCAGUUCUAAGUCAGGUCUGCGUAGCAGCAAUCGCCUAGUUGCGCUGCCAACUAGUGAUUACAAUUCUACUAUAUCUACAUCCUUACCAACGUCGUUAUCUUUUUCAUUAAUAUCAUCCUCUUCAUCGUUUCUAUCAACUACUACUAACACCACUUCCUACUCGCCGAGUUACAUUACAUCUUCAGCAGAAGGCUCAACAGGAGCCCCAGGACAUUCUUAUAGCGGUGGAUAUUGGACCCCAACAGCUGCAGGUGGCCCAGGUUCUGAACCCACCUCUGCAGGUGACAUUACCGGCUCUGACGCUGCUCAAGUCCGGACUACCAAGGUGGUUGGAGGGGUCGUUGGUGGAGUUGCUGGUAUCGUCCUUCUCAUCAUGGUUGCACUCAUACUUCUAAGACCGCGAAAGCGCAAGGGUGAUUUUACCCAAGGCCAGGGAACGGCAGCGAUUCUGAGCCCGGGUUCAGCAGGCGUGAUGGUAGAACGCUCCUCCACCAUCGGCAGCCCAGGAGCUGCCGGAGGCGCUUUGGGAAGUGCAGGCGGUGUGUUUGGCAAAUGGAGGAACUCCCAACAGCCUACGAAAAUACACGAACCACCACCCCUACCACCAGGCGAACGCGGGUUUAAGAAAGUAUCCGGGAGGAAAAUUACAUCAGUGCUCGAAUCCGGUGGUGACGAAUACGAUGACCCUUUCGGAACAAUGGGAGAAAAACUCUACUUUGAGUUGGGCACUGCAACGAAGGGAACGGAACCCCCACCUUCACCCCCACCCAUCAUACUCCCGUCCCCAUCACCGCCACUAUCAUCUUUCAAGCUCCAUACCUCCUCCAUCUCACGCAGUGGAACAAUUUCACAACCCUUCCCCGCCCCUCCACUAGGACGUCCACCAUCGCAAGAAAGCGAUUCUUCCGCACAGAUAGUUUUCCGCCCUUCACCUGCGCGAACGCCACAGACUAGUACUCCCGAUGUCACCUCGACAGCGGGACUGGAGACGUCUGGUGCGUUUGCGUUGCAUCCUUCACUGCCGCGGGGUCCGUUGCCGCGAUUACCUAGCUAUCCUAGCUAUAGAAGGGUUUCGGGGACGGAUGGGAUUGGGAGGAGUAUGGCUAGUUCUGAUGGGAGUCGGGCUAGUCGGUUUACGGAGGCGGUUUAA